AUGCUAAUAUUCAAAGAACUUUUGAAUAAUAUGUUAUAUUAUAGAAGUUAUUUAAUAAGAGGAGUUAGAAUAACUUUACCAGAAAUUGAUGCUUAAUAAUUAGCAAGAGGAUAGAUUGUUUAAAAUUAAGAAUAUUUAGAUUUAUUAUUUGAACUUCUAUAAUAUUCUAGUAAUGAAGUUCAAGAAAAAACUUGGUAUUUAUUAAGAAGUUUACCACCUUCUUCUUAAUUGAUUAAAUAGAUAUUAAAAUUUAAGAAUAUUACUUAACCAUCGUUUCAAUCUUAGUUUGUAGUCAUUAUAGUUUAUAUAUUAUUUAAUUUCUUAUGAUGAUUAUAAGCUUUAAUAUUUCUUAAAACUAAAAGAUAAAUGGAUGAGUAAAUUUUUGUAAUAAUUUUUUUAAAGAAUAUUAAGGUAAGAGUGUUAGUAUAGUUAAAUAAAUGAUAUGUAUAUUUACUUUAUCAUAAAUUGGUAAAGAAAUAUUAUCAUUUUUAUGAAAUAAAUUUUAAAAUAAUGUUGUAAAUGGUUUUGCUGCUUAGAGAUCUAAUUUAUAUAAGUCAUCAAGAUGAAUUUUAAUAAUUAGUUUAUAUAUUAAAGGAAAGUAGAUUAGGUGAUUAUAUAAUAGAAAAAAUAAAUUAAUUUUAUUCCAAUUUUAAUUAAUCUUAUAUAAGAAUUAUUAAAAUGUAAUGAAUUAGAAUAAGAAGAUAGAUAAAUAAUAAAACAAAGUAUAAUAAUUAUAAUCGUAAUCUAAUUGAAUAAUUAAGAUUUAUUAGCAAAAAGUAUUGAAAAUAUAGAGUUUUUAAAUAAAUAUUUUUAGUAGCAUAUUUACAUGAACAUCUUAUACAUUAAGAAAUUUAUCAAGCAGAGCAAUUUAAGUACUUUGUCUUGAAAGUUUAAAAAAAUAAUUAACCUAAUAGAAUGCUGUUCUAAUAAUUGAAAAUAAUGUUAAAUACUUAAGGUAAUUCAGCAUAAUAUUAGGAAUUUAUAAUUUAAUUAUGUGCAAUUGAAAUUGAAGAAUCAUAAUAAUACAUUGAUUAUUAAAAAUUAAGUGAAUAAAUGUUAUAAAACUUAAUUAAUUAUAAAAGUUAAAAAAAUAGAUAAAAAAUACACCUACUGAUAAAAUAUUAGUUGGUUUAUUAAAUUUAUUAACAAAAUUAUAUAGAUUUAUUAAAUAACCAAUUGAUUGUAGAAUAUUUUAUCAGGUAGGACAGGCUUUAGAGAGAAUUCUUAAAGUCCUUAUAUGCUUAUAUAUGA